ACCUUUUCUAUCUUUUAUUUUAGUAGUAUUCUUUCUUAUUCUUCUCCUUUCCACCCUUCCGGUCUUUUUGCUGGGAGUCUAAUGCUUUGUGUUUAUUAAACCCAUUGAAUUCUUAUCAUUCAUUCUGCUUAUUGUAUUCAACAGCAGCAUGAAACAACCACCAGCAAUACCAUAUAAUCUAAGAUGUCACGGUCGUGUAGUCGGUGAGCGCUAUUUGAGGCCCAGACAAGUCUUGGUUGAUCAUAGCUCCAACAAACAAGUCUCGGUCAAUCAUAGCUCCAAGAAACGUCGGCCCAGACGCAGACAAAAGCCUUGCGAUCCCCCUUUACCUGAAUGUGAUAAAGACGAAGAGCCCUCUUUACCUGAAGGUGGUAAAGACGAAAACCCCCCUUUACCUGAAGGUGGUAAUGAUGAAAAAAAGGAAAGGAACAUGUUUGUUCUAGGCGCUAAGAGAGGCACUGAACCUGUUGAAGAAUAUCGCAGGAAAGCGAGAAGGUAUUUUAUGGAGACUAUGUAUCCUUAUCCAUUAGCUGCAAUGAAACACUACAACCAUGGACUAAAAGAGGAAGAGCAAUACGAGGUUACUGAUACUCGUGAUAGACUGUGCCGUUAUUUCGGAAAACUUGGGUAUAUACGGCUACUGCACUUUAUAGCUGAGCCUAAAUAUACUAAAAACAUGCCCAAUGCAUCAGAGGAUACCGCUAAGCAAUUUUAUGCCCGGAUGCAUCAAAUGCCUAAUCGUGAAACUCAUGUGGAUUACUGUAAACUGUAUGAAGGACCCCCACAACCUGGUUUCCAGGCUAGCCAAGAAGUCAUUCCCUUGUGCUGUGAAACUUGUGGUCUUAAGGAUCUGGAAGCCCUUGAGUCAAAAUCAUUGGAAUUGAGUGCUGAAGGUGAAGGAAGAAAGGAGGAGUAUUGGAAUGGUUAUCACACCGGCACUCCUCCAAAAAUUAUUGUGGCACGCAGAGACCCAGAGGUCAUAGCAAGACAUGCCAAGCUGAGAAAGAAAAAACGUUGAAUGGAUCUUACAAGAAUUGAACAACUAAUGUCCAGUCUGUUCAUUUGGGUUGCUGAUUGGCAAGUUUCUUGUUCUUUUGAUGGAUAUAUCAUUCUAUAUGGUAUACAACUGAUUCAUUUCUUUUUGAGACACUUUGUGGAGACACCCUUUUCUUGUCUCCAAAAAAUGUUGUACAUAUAAGUUGAUAGACUUGGAAGAAAGUUGUGUAACAUUGUUACAUCAUAAGGGAAAUAGGGUCCUUGUUUUUACUUUUGGGAGAGUAAAAAAGAAAGGGGAGGGUUAUACUUAUUUUUAUGUCUUUGCCAAAUUUGAACAAUAAGAGU